UCAGAAGAGAGAGCACGGAUGUCAUGACGAGUGACUGCAGAGAAAUUUGGUUUAAUAUUUGAUAAAUUUGGAUUUCAACUACAAUAAGCUGAAACAAGCUAUGACAAUGAAAAUAUCUUUGAAAGUCAUCAUCUGCCUAAUGACAGCUAGUGUGCGGUUAUUGUCCGUGGCAGGAAAACAACCUGUCAACAUGAACUGUGAUAACGCACCAGUGACGCAGAGGGCUGAGGGAUGUGUUGGAGAUUCUGUUACCAUCAACUGCACAUAUCCAAGAGCAGACAAAAUCCAAGUCAAGUAUUUCUGCAAAGAAAACUGCAAAGAUGAAAACUCUACCUGCACAAAUGUGAUAUCAACAUACGCUUCCAGCCACACAAAACAAGAAAGGUUUUCUAUUACAGACCAUAAAGAGCACGGAGUCUACACUGUGGUCAUUUCUAUGCUGACCUGGGACGAUGCUGGAAGAUACUGGUGUGCUGUGAAAUCAGUUGAUGACAAUUCCAUUACACAUUUAUCUGUGAUCCAGCUCAGUGUUUGCAACUGGGAUGACAUCAAACUAACAGCAAAUAAGUAUACUGCUGGGGACUCUGUGCAAAUGAUGUGUCCCUAUUUAGCGAGCCAUGAGAACAAUACCAAAUACCUGUGCAAGGGGGAGAAUCCUUUCGACUGUCUGGAGUUAAUACAUACAACAGAAGGAGAGAGACAAAGGUCUAAAGACCGGUUUCUUAUACGGGACAACCAAAGAAAGAAGUACUUCUAUGUGCAAAUAUCCAAUCUGAGAACAGCCGACUCUGGAUUGUACUGGUGUGGCUCUGGUAAAAAAAGUGACCCUGCUGCAUACACCAAAAUCCAACUUACUGUAGAUCAAGGACACAUGAACACCAGAAAAGAAGAAACGACCAUCCCUCCUCCCCCUGCAGUUCCAGGUGCGAUUGGCGGUGUGUUGGCAUGUCUGGCGUUGAUAGUGAUAGUUGUACUUAUACUGUGCAGACACAAACUCUUCAGGACAAAAGUGUGUUGUGCCUCAGGGGGAUCAUCAGGGGAGAGCACAAACAUUGGACAAAACACAGAGGGAAAUCAUGGAGAUCACGAUUAUGAGGAGAUACAGGUACGGAACCAGGAGGCAAACUCAGGAGGCGCAGUGGCGUCCGUUUAUGCCAUUGCCAACCCUCCGCCAGAUCAGCUCCACUAUGCCAGCUUCAAUUUCCUGAAGGACUCUGUCACAGUUUCAACAGACAGCAGAGCACAACCUGACACAGAUCACAAUGACUCCUCUGCCUGUGACUACUCCUCCAUCAGUAGGACUCCUGUUCUCUAUCAAACCGUCACAAAGCCAAAGUAAAUGUAUGUUUACACUGAACUGAAACAUGCAGCGAAGGAUUCACUUUUUUUUUCUUAUGUAUAAAUAAGUUUUCAAUUUAUCACUUAGUUUGGUAACAUUUUUGACUGAGUGACUCUGCACACUUUAGAGUUUAGUUUAGUUUAGUUUGCAUUACGGUUGUGUAAGUAAUAACAUGACACUCUCAGCAAAACUGUGCUGACUGUUUAUAAGUUUAAUGCUGUACUUUACUUGAGGAGACACAGAAAUGUAAAGUGGUAUAACAUGAUCCCAAGGGAGUCACAAAAAUAACCACUGUAAGGGAAGUUAUUAGUUUCACACCUCAGCAGGUAACUCAGCUGAGUGAUACACUGACUGAUUAUUAGCAGCCUCAGUUUGAUCUAAACUCUAACAUAGGUCAAACUCAGGCUGUUCUUAAAUAACUAAUCAUUAAUUGUUAUGUAUAAUGAAAUUCUUUGUGGAUAUUGUUAUUUAGUUUCUGAUACUGGUAACGACUCACAAUAAAACCUUGUAAAGCCUUAUUGAAUAUAUUAGAAUAUAUUAUUAAUAGAUUUUACUUUUUCAAGUAUCUAGAGAGUAACUGAUUGAAUAAUAAAAAGUAGUGA